CAGGAAACAGGAACACAACCGGAAACACGUGUCGAUGACGUCGCAGUUGGAAAAACAAAAACAAACCUCCGUCUUGCAACAUCAACGUUGUUGUGUUUCACUCUGUUUGUCUCGUUUAUCGUUUUAAAAACCUCCACAUCGGCUUCACUCUUCAUGUUCAUGCUUGUCGUCCGGGGCCCAGUGAAGCUGUAGUUGACCGGUAACGGCUCGGUAACGGUAGUUUAGCAGCCAUGGCUCAGCAGAGAGGAGUCAACAGCCUGCAGUUCAACCAGGACCAGAGCUGCUUCUGCUGCGCCAUGGAGACAGGGGUCAGGAUUUACAAUGUGGAGCCCCUGAUGGAGAAGGGCCACCUGGAUCAUGAGCAGGUAGGCAGUGUGGCCCUGUGCUCCAUGCUGCAUCGCUCCAACCUGCUGGCCGUAGUUGGAGGAGGAGUCAACCCCAAGUUCUCAGAAAUAUCAGUGCUGAUCUGGGAUGACGCUCGAGAGUCACGAGACCCCAAAGACAAGCUGGUCCUGGAGUUCACCUUCACUAAACCUGUCCUGGCCGUCCGCAUGAGGCACGACAAGAUCAUCAUUGUAUUAAAGAACAGGAUCUACGUGUACAGUUUUCCAGACAACCCUGUCAAACUGUUUGAGUUUGACACCAGAGACAACCCCAAAGGUCUGUGUGAUUUGUGUCCCAGUCUGGAGAAACAGCUGCUGGUCUUUCCAGGUCAUAAAUGUGGCAGCCUGCAGCUGGUUGACUUGUCCAACACCAAGCCUGGGACAUCAUCUGCCCCUUUCACCAUCAACGCCCAUCAGAGUGAGAUCGCCUGCGUGGCUCUGAACCAGCCCGGCAGCGUGGCAGCGUCGGCCUCUCGUAAAGGAACGCUGAUCCGCCUGUUUGACACGACGACCAGAGACAAACUGGUGGAGCUGCGCAGAGGAACCGACCCGGCCACCCUCUACUGCAUCAACUUCAGCCACGACUCCUCCUUCCUCUGUGCCUCCAGUGACAAAGGCACAGUUCACAUCUUUGCACUGAAAGACACCAAACUCAACCGUCGCUCUGCACUGGCUCGUGUUGGGAAGGUCGGUCCUGUGAUUGGUCAGUACGUCGACAGUCAGUGGUCAUUGGCCAGUUUCACCGUGCCCGCUGAGUGUGCCUGUAUCUGUGCUUUUGGGAAGAACACGUCCAAGAACGUCAACUCUGUCAUUGCCAUAUGUGUGGACGGGACCUUCCACAAGUACGUCUUCACCCCUGAUGGAAACUGCAACCGAGAGGCCUUCGAUGUGUAUCUGGAUAUAUGUGAUGAUGAUGACUUCUGAGGCCAGAGAGAGAAAAACCAGUUUAAAAACAUUAGUGGAAGAUGUGAGGAGGGCAGUGACGGAUGAAAACGACAGGAGUUAAUGAUCAUUGUUCUGUUCUGGAGACAGAUGGGAAAAUGGCCUGAGACAGAGAAUCAGAGUCGUGUGGACAAACACAGACUUGAUGCUGAGGCAGGUUUUAUAAAGUCCUCUGUGUCUGUAAGCAGUUGUAUCUACAGUAUGUAGCAGUGUGAAUAUAAAUACAGUUUUUUAUUAGCCUGUAACCUCGUUGCAUCAUGAGUCUGACUGGUUGAUGAGUAAAAGACCCUGAAAUGACAAAUACACUUAAAGGUGCUAUAUGUAAGAAUUUGCUAUCACUACAUCAUUAGCAUCAUUAGCACUAACAGCUGUUUACUGACCAGGCUAGAAGAAACUCAGCAUCAACCUUCAUUCCUUUACUCACCAACAGCUCAUCACCAACAAGUGGUGGAAAGCAACGUCAAUGUUAACUCCUUCUGCUUCUAUUCACUUCUUUUCUUUGUUAUUGAACGUGAUGUCGGGAGCCGGGAGCAGGCGGCGGUGUUUAAUAAUGGUCGCCGCCAAGAACUUCAGCCAUUGUUGUGUUUACAGGAGGUUAGAAUGCGUCCUCUGGGCAGUGUUACGUCUUCAUCCUCUGUUGGACUGAGAGCAGACUGGAGGCUACAGUGACUCACUGUCACCUCUUGAGGUACAGAGGUGUAUUACAAGAUGGGACAGGCCAGAGCUAGCUGGUUAGCAUGCUAACUUCAGUAGAUAUCUCUGCAACACAAUAUACAGAACAUCAAAACUGUUAUUUCUUCAAAUUCCAUUGACAAUUGUUAUUUUAUAGAAAUACAAUACUUCCAUAUAUCACCUUUAAACCUUGUCAUUUGUAAGUAAGUAUUAAAUAGCACCUUUAAAGAGCAAAUAUCACAAAGUGCUUCACAAUAAAGACAAAAGAGCAAAUAGAGGAGCAACAACCAUGAAAUGCAGACGUAAAUCUACAGGCUAAAAUGUGUAAAAUAGUAUGUAAGUCUAAAUGAGUGGGUCUUAAGCUGCUGUUUGUUUUUUUGUUGCAUCUGUGAGAAAUCACUAAUCAAACUGAAUAAAAUUCAUUUUUGCUAAGAAAUCACCAAA